CAAGACUUGGACUACAUACAUCAUAUCACAGCAUCAUCCUUCGUCACCUAUCGUUUCCUACCUACCCAUCACCUCAACGUCGAAUUAUUCUCAACAAAGUCAACAUAGCCAAUAUGUCGUCCCUCAUCAACAACCCAGCUCCCCUCUACAUGAGCCCGGAACUCACCAAGAAGAAGCCCAUCAUCGCCGGCCCGACCACAACCGCCGCAGCUUCCACAACCACCGCUGCCACCUCCUCCUCAAAGUCCCUAAACGCAUCAGGUGACAAAGCGAAUCUCAUCGAGUUCUGGCGCAACCCAGAGGCCGGCAACAUCUACCGACACGCAGAGCACCUCACCUCCCCCGUGACUCCCUGCCUUGUCGAGCACUCGAAGUUAUGCCAGACCGUGUCCUCGGCGUCGGCCAGCACAAAGAUGAUUCAUGUCAUGGACAUGUGCUGCGGUACCGGGGUGGUGUCGUCGUAUAUUCAGAAGAUGAUGAGGGAGUUGCCGGGGCAGCAGAGGGAAAGGGUGAGGUUGACGAGCGCGGACUCGAGUGAGGCGCAGCUGGGGGUUGUGAAGGAGAAGAUUGAGAGGGAGGAGUGGGUUGGGAGUGAGGUCAAGCAGGCUGACAUCAUGAACAUGUCAUUCCCUUCGGAUCAGUUUGACGUCGUCAUCGUCGCCAUGGCGUUGAUGCUCGUGGCUGAUCCAUACACCUCUCUCAACGAAUGCUACCGCGUCACCAAGCCCGGCGGCACAGUCGCAACCUCGACCUGGGUAACAGAAGGCUGGAUCCCAGACACCCGCGACGCAGUAGCAUCCCUCACCCUGCCCGGGCCAAACCAACAACCCGUCUCGUGGCCGCAGUCCUCCAUCGAGCUGACCUCGCUCUGGGGCCCCGGCGCGUGGGAGUCCCCCUCCUUCGUCAAGAGCAUGUUCACGGCAGCCGGGUUUGUGGACGUGGAGGUGGACGUUGUGACCAAGUGGGUGCCGUUCUCGGGGGUCGACGAGUGGUGUACCGUUUUUCAGGCGUUUAUGUACGGGGUCAUGGAGAGGUUUUGGACGAGGGCGCAGAGGGAAGGGUUGAAGGGGCGGUUGAUGCCGACGUUGAGGGCUUUUAUGGAAGAGAAGUAUCAGGGGCGGCCGUUUGAGGUUGAGAGGACUGUUUUGUUGGCUAGGGGGAGGAAGCCGGAGUGAGGUUUGAGAUCGGUGCGUGUUGCGUUGAUGAACGUGGACUUAUGGUUUGUAGACAUACACAUGGUGGGUACAUGUUGAAUCAUGUCGAACAUUGAUCACUGAGUACCAUGUUGAUUGGGUCGGAC